AUCCAGCAGCGCAGCGCUCGACACUGAUUCACAUUAAUGCGGGCGGGUCUUCUGUGAGUCGAGCUUCGUCUCUCAGCAAUAACAACGUGAAAUUUCUCCACAUUGCGCCUAAAACUCGGACACGCUAUCGACCGGGAAUAUAACCCCCGCGAGGAUAUAAGGUAUGGCUGCUAUCAGGAAGAAGCUGGUGAUCGUGGGAGAUGGAGCAUGUGGGAAGACCUGUCUACUCAUAGUGUUCAGCAAAGAUCAGUUUCCAGAAGUCUACGUGCCUACUGUGUUCGAGAACUACAUUGCAGAUAUCGAAGUCGACAGCAAACAGGUGGAGCUGGCUUUGUGGGACACAGCAGGACAGGAAGACUAUGAUCGCCUGAGACCUCUGUCUUACCCAGACACAGAUGUCAUCCUCAUGUGUUUCUCCAUAGACAGUCCCGACAGUUUAGAGAAUAUCCCAGAAAAGUGGACGCCAGAGGUGAAGCACUUCUGCCCCAACGUUCCCAUAAUCCUCGUGGGCAAUAAGAAAGAUCUGCGGAACGAUGAGCACACACGGAGAGAGCUGACUAAGAUGAAGCAGGAGCCGGUUAAACCUGAGGAGGGCAGAGACAUGGCCAACCGUAUUAGCGCCUUUGGAUACCUGGAAUGCUCAGCCAAGACUAAGGAGGGCGUGAGGGAAGUAUUCGAAAUGGCCACCAGGGCGGCGCUGCAAGUCCGCAAGAGGAAGAAGAGGAGCGGGUGCCUGCUGUUGUAAGAGAACUUUCCGGUCUUUUUCCAGAAUGAUCUCCCCGCGCUGACCAAGAAAUACCAAACUCCACAAAAAAAUGUUUUUGACCAAACAAACAUAAAUACACUGGACUGUAUGUCACAUUUCAUGCAAACCAACAGGUGGGAAAUGGAGGAAAGUAAAAAAAAAAUGCAUUAAAUGGACAAAGGCUGGGCAGAAAGGCAGGUUAGAUCAAAAUAUAUCUAUGUCACUAUAUAUCUUGAUUUAGGUUUCCUCUAUGGCACAAUGUUUUUCAGAAAUACAAACCUUUUUUCUCUCCAGUUUCUUCUGUACGGAUGACGUCAGUCACAACGUUAUUGUAUUUUUGCAUAUUUAUCAAUUGACAAUUAUAAUCUGGUGAGAACAUCUUCAUAUUAUUGUAAUCGAAAUGAAUUUAACCACGUAGACAUCUCUUAAUAGCACAGAAUUUGGUAAUAAAAACCAGUGCCUUCAUGAUCAUUCCCUCCACAAUUUGAAUGUAAAGUGUGUGUUUUGAGCUUCUCUGUGUCUUCUACACAAUUUAAUAGUAGUGAAUAACUCCUAUGAGCCAAUUAAAUGUAUUUAAAAAUGCUAAAUCUUCAGUAAUGUAUAUAGCUUUCAUUUCCCAAAUAAAUAUCAAUUACAUGU